AAGAACCUUGUAACUGAGCCGUUCAUUUCUCUAUAAAAGGCUGAAUGACUCUGAGAGUCUUUUAUCUCCUGGUUUACUCUGAAGCCCAACAUCAUGGACCUGCGAUUCAGCUCUCUUCUCCUGGCAGUGUGCCUGUUCCUGGGAAGCUCGGCUCUGACGCCUGAAGAAUGUGAACCCUUGAUCAAGCCAAAGCAAAUGACUGGAGGUGCAGAGUUCCAUGGUAAGAUGCACACCAUCAUGGGUUACACUGAUCAUAAGGACCUGAACGCCAUCCUGAAGAUUAUGCAGAGCUCCUGGAUGAACGUGACUCAGGGACCAGCAGGCCCAAAUGACCUCGCCAUGAUCCAAAGAAACAGGAUGAAUGGAACUUGCUAUUCCUCGAAAGCCAAAGUAUCGAUAUCUGUUGAGGAUGGCGUUGCACAUAUGGAAAUGGGGAACAUCACAACCAAGUCCAAUUCCCUGCCAGCCUGUGAGGGAUGUAUGGUCUCCAGCGUCAACUACACCUUCACAGACCUUCCCAGGACUCUUCAGAAGCUGGGAAUGAGCAGCAUUCUUGAUGAGAACGCAGAGGAGAUGAACCAUGCUCGUGCUAUUUACCUGAUGACCAACAAGUCAACCGUGGAGGAGUCAGACAUAGAACAGUUCAAGAAGCAGGCUGGCUGUCUGGGUUUCACAGGAGAACCAGACUUCCACUACAACUCAGAGCACGAACUCUGUGCUGAGAACGAAGGCGAUGAAGUUGAAUUUUAAAAGUAAAGAUACAAAACUGAGUCUGAAAACCAGAUGUGUGGACCUUGUUUUUUUU